CUUCGUCCAUAUUCAGAGGUCGAGCACAGCGGUGUGCGGCAUGUGGAACCCGCGGGUGAAGCGAGCGGCGCUGUCCGUUCUCCCAUCGUUCCUUCCGUCAUCCUCGUCGACUAUUGCCAUCCUUGGAGCAAACGUGGACGCGAACUCGUCGUUCUUGACAGGAAGUGCGUCGGCACCGGAUGCCAUUCGCACUGCGUUUCACUCGGACAGCGCCAAUGGAUUUUCCGAGUGUGGGAUGAAUCUCAUGCACAACCCAAUGAUCACCGACAUGGGAAACUUGACCCCGACGUCGGCAUCGAUGUCGUCACUGUCAGCCGCGGCGCAAACGAUCGUCUCCCAUGACAAGCGGCUGUUGACUCUCGGUGGAGACCAUUCCAUCACAUACCCCCUCGUCAAGGGUGUUCGUCGCGCAUUGUGCGCCCGCGGCGAGACACGACUCAACAUCUUGCACUUGGAUGCGCACAGCGAUUUGUACGAGUACGACAUUCUGAACCAGAACAAUCGAUACUCGCACGCGUCCCCAUUCGCGCGCAUCAUGGAAGAAGGGUUGUGUUCACGACUUGUUCAAGUCGGGAUCCGCACACACACACAGCAUACGCGGGAGCAAGCUGCAGCCUACAGUGUCGAGACAUACGACAUGCGGUCGCAGUCCUUGAAUUGGCCCAUCGAUGUGGCAUUUGACGGACCUGUGUACGUCACUGUCGACUUGGACGUAUUGGAUCCUGCGUUCGCGCCAGGGGUGAGCCACCACGAGCCCGGAGGUCUCUCCACUCGACAAGUGCUUUCUCUCCUUCAAACUUUUCGAGGCAAUGUGGUGGCGAGCGACGUUGUCGAACUCAAUCCUUCCCGCGACAUUGGCGGGGGGCAUGUGUCCAUCUCCGGAGAGACGUCGAGCGGCAUGACGGCCAUGGUCGCCGCGAAAGUUGCAAAGGAACUACUUGCGCGCAUGCUCAAGGCGGAAGGACUAGCCUAGCCCAACUUGACGUAUCUCCACGGAGACAUCCUCGAGUCGACGUCAUUUUUUCCUGUAAUGAAUGCGUCUGUCCAAGGAGACCUCUCUCGUCCACA